AUGCUGGUGGCUGGUAUGAGCAAGGAGAAACAGAAGGAGCAGGAGCAAUGGAUACGGCAGCUUUCACCCUUCCAGAAGGCAAAGAGAUGCGACAGGGAUGGUGACGACUCAUCGACGGCACUACGAUCUCACUGCCAUUGUCGGAGGCUUUCGGCCAAUGGCAAUGGAGAUCGAUCUUCGUCAGAUCUCGUGCUUCCCGAUUUGGGGAGUGCAAUACUCCAGCCUCAGCAAGGCGCUUUGAGCUCAAAUGGCCACAUUAUCCAACGCGCUCAAGAGGAGGUUGCUCAACAGGACGAGACGAAGCUCCCCAUACCCAUAUUGCAUGGUAGGCAGGCUAUGGGAUGUCCCGGGACCCACAGGCGCGAAGUCAAUUCAGACCAGGAUGCGUGGACGGGCCCCUCCGAGCUGCCCAAGAGCACGUCGACCUUCUGCCCUCCUCCGCCGUCCUUUUCCUCACCUCCUCAGCAAGACAUCCUCACUGAGCACAGCUUUCUCCGUCAUCUUCGCUCAUACACAUACCAUCGUCUAUCAUUCAUUGCUCCGGACAGACAUCAAGCUGCCGAGAUGAUCUCGUACGUGCAAGCUGUUCAACCCCCUACCUUCGCCCUCCCAGUGGAGGCGGAUCCCAGCGACGGCGAGCACCAGAGAACCGCCAACGCGCACACUGCCCUGCUCAAUCUGGCAAACUACACUCCCGCCGUCAUGCCUCACCCAGCACGUGAGAUCGACAGUGGCAUUCCGGCACUUGAGACUCCCCUCAGCUUGCUUGGUGCGCCCUCUUCUCCUACCCUCUCCUGGACCUCCGGUCCCGCUGGUACAUCCAGCAGCAUCACCACUGGCUCGGUCGGCUCUGCAUCUGCUGGGAUCUCUACGCCUCCGUCCACGGCCGCUGUCCCAACUCCACUCCCUCCAAGCUUGGACGCGCGACAGGACGACUUCGCCAUGGCGCAGUGCGUCUUCCCAGCGACCGCGGUGGUCUUCGUGGGAAACCUACCAGCUAGCUGCUCAGACGAUACGCUGAGUCUCAUGGUCUUGCGCAAGUUCUCAGAGUACGGUCGCGUGAGCGUGUUCAUCAAGCGUACGAUCGCGCAGAAACCAUGGGCUCUCCUUCAGUACCACAACCGGUGCAACGCCUAUCGUGCCAUAGACGAGGCCCACGGCAUGGAGAUGCUUGGCCAAACCUUACGUGUGCAAAGAUCUCAGGCUCGCCGUGAGAUCGCCAUUCUCCGCGCUGACGGCCUCCAACCAAGCCGCUACGAGCUUCUCAUGGCCUUUGCCCAGUUCGGAGAGAUCGAGAGCGUCUAUGGCAACCCACACGUCGCGUACGUUGUUCGCUUCAAGUGCUACGGCUCAUACGCGCUGGCCAAGGACGCUGUUCGCUCGCGCACGACGCCAUACGAUCUGGUUUGA